ACACAAUUUUGGUUUUGUUCUGCAUUUUACUUAGGAGUUUGUAUCAGUGGAUCUGCGUGAUCGCUCUAAGGGAAAUAACGCUUGCAGGACACUAACAAUGACGAGCAACGGUUUUAACACCAUUGUGGGGAUUUUAUUACUCACUUUGUUACCAGAGGCUUUAGGGCAGCAAUGGUCAUUCGCCUUUCCACAGAGCAUCCAAGCGCUGAAAGGUUCCUGUGUAGAGAUCCCCUGUUCUUAUACUCGGCCAAGAACACAGAAGCCUCCUAAAGUGAUGUGGUAUAAAGCAGGACAAAGAUUCUAUUAUACGGUGUUUGAUAGUCAGGACAGGAGAGCAGCUCUGGAUACUUACGUAUUGCGUACAAAACAUGUGCCAGAUGCAAUAAACAGCUGCACCCUGCAUAUAUCCAAUGUGAGAAGUGACGAUGAAGGUUCCUACUUCCCAGGAGUAGAUGAUACAAAUGCAUAUAAUCUCAAUGGCGCAACAAUGCGCAUUACUGUCAUAGAUACCCCUUAUACUAUAAAUCUUCGAGGGCCAGCAGUAAUGACGGAAGGAAUCCCUGUCGCUAUCAGAUGCUCAGUAGAACAUACCUGUGGCUCUGAUCCUCCAACUCUCCGGUGGAACAAGAGGCAGUAUCUGCCUAGAACAGGAAAACAAUAUAUCUCAGAAGGGAGAUGGGAAGCUCUAUCGGAAAUAACAUAUUUCCCUACAUAUGAGGAUGAUGAAACUGAAAUACAGUGUUCAGCCACUUACCCUAAUGGGCAAACCAACCACAAAGCAGCUCCACUCAACAUUAUAUAUCCCCCGAAGAACAUUACAGUUCUUAUCAGACAGAAAGAGAUACAAGAAGAAGAUGAUGUGACAUUAUCAUGCUUUAGCAAAUCCAAGUUGGAGAUAAACGGUUAUCAAUGGUUCAAGGGAGUGGAAAAGAUCAGGUUAUCGGAUAUAGACCAAGAGAUUACAGUGAGGAAUGUGAGCUGGCUCACCGAGCCCUAUUCCUGUUCUGCAUUGAAUUCCCAAGGAAUGGGGGAGUCUGCGCUCACUCUUAUACCAGUACAGUAUGCCCCUAAAGAAGUUCUAAUUGUUAAGUAUGAAAGAGAAGAUGGAGGUGUUGUUUUAAAAUGCAAUUUCUCAAGUAGCCGUCCAAAUGUAACCCAGUUUACAUGGCUGAGAAAUGACGUCCCUAUUAUAAAUCAGACGGCGGCAAACAUAACGCUGGAAAAUGUUAAAGAAAACGCAGGGGAAUAUCGAUGUAUUGCUCACAACAAGGUUGGAAAUUCUUCUUCUGAUGAACAAGUUGCCAUUCAAUUUAAAGGAACAACGUCUAUUGACUUGCCCGCGGUGCUGGGAAGCACUGCAGCAGUUAUUGGCCUCGUACUGAUAAUCCUUAUUAUAUACUGCUGUAUAAGUACAAGAAAGAAGAAGUCUCAUACUGACACAAUCUUUGGGACCAUUCCUGUGCCUAGUAUGGCUGAAGCACCGCCCACAAAAAUGGCUGAUCAUGUGUACGAUACCUUAACUGAGGGCAAAUAUCAUGCCACAACAGACUCACAAAGCUCUACAAGUCCAUUGAAUGUUUCCUCAAGAAAGUCCAAAGCGCCCAGAGAAGGAGAUGAAGAUUCCCAUUACUACGCUGCUGAUGACAAAGCGCAGGAGGAGCCAGAGGACAUUAAUUAUGCUGCAAUCAGAUUCGACCAAUCUAAUGAAGCAUCACGGGAGGAUGGCCGCACAGAACACACAGUAUACGCCAUACUAAAAAAUUAGCUACUGAGACUCUUGGAACUAUAACAUCCAAACCCGACCAUCUCUAAUGGGGCAAAUAUGGCACUUCAGCUUUUACAUUUAAUGCAACGCUCAGGAUGUAAUUGUCAUAUCUUUAUAGCAAUUUAUACAUACAAAUACAUAGCUGUGUUUAAAUACAAGUUAAGUGAAACUAUGGAUAAGGCCUGCGGCCUCACUUGUGUUCUUCUGGAGAAAACCUCACAUAUGGCAACUUGAGCAAUUGUUGUCUAUGGUCAUUCAGUAUGAUCUCAGUAGUUAUUAGUGAUAACCAUGACUAUCUUAAAGUAUUGCUGAUGUUUUAUGUACUAUAAUACUGAAGGGACGUGCACCAUAAACCAGGUAAUGAUAUAAACCAAUUCUGCACUAAUCGUAGUGGCAGAUAUAAAGAAAGGGAGAUAUGACCUGCCCAUUAAAGGGGUUGUUCAACUUGUACAAAAUUCACAACAGUUUACAUUAAUAGAACAAUCUUUGCCAUAUACCCCUAUAGACACUACAGUUGCUUUGUUACUUCCUUAUAUGAAGUCACACAUAGUACUGGCAGCAGCCUUAACUCCUAUUGGCUGUGCCUGCUGUCAGUCUGACACUGCUUCCUGUGACCGUGACUGCAAAUCUAAUAUAACAGUAUAGAGUCUGUUUGCCUAUGCCAUUGCAAGGGGGAAAUUAACCAAUGACGUUUCAAUUUAUGCAACUGGUUAGAGUGCA